AUGUCUGAUGAUCUAAUCAUGCGUAAAAGUCCAGAAUCAAUCGAAUUAGAAUUCCACGACAGCGGCGAAUCGACACUUAUAAAAGGAAGAAUAAUUUCCGAUCUGCAAAAUAGCCCAUGGGAGGCGUCUGUUAGAAAUGAAGUCAAGAAAUUUUUGAGUGUUAGUUUUUUUUCCAAAAAUAAAUGAAUGACUGUGACUAAUUAAUUGCAGAAAGCAGGCGAUGAUGUGACGACAAAAGAAGUAUUUGACGCAGUAAAAGAUAUGGCCCGAAGGGAUGUUCCACAGGAUAUAAAGAAAAAAUUGUAUGAGCAAAUUUUGGAGUUUGUCCGAACAGCGAAUAACAAAAAAUAAUUAACUGGUAUUCAUAUUCGAUCUCAUAAAAUUUUCAAUUCCAUUCAAUGUUUUUUGCUGAAUGAAGAAAACAACUAGCUAAGAACAUUUGCUCGUGUGAAUAAGUUACGCCCCUUUUCUCAUUCAUUUUUUCACUCCAAGUGUUCCAUACUCCAAUAAAAAUGCUCAACAUUUUGAGUAUUGCACAGCUAGUUUAUGGUGUUCCAUCUGUUUUUCUAAUGUUUAUCUUCAUAUUUAUAUUGGGAUGCAAUCCAAAAUCGUUCAGCUGCUCAUUUUAUCGAUUAGUACAAAUUGAUCUUUUGGUGGUAAGUUUAAACUUUUACAUUUUACAUGUUUUCUAAAAAAAUAUAGAAGCAGGUGAAUUAUAACGAAUUUCUUUUUUGAAAAGUUCAAUGUAGAAGGAACCGAAUAAGUAGAUAAUAAAUAAAAGUAAUUGUUUUUCUCAUAUUUGUUUUUUUUAUGUGAAAGAAAAAACAAGGAAUUAAUCCAAAUCCAAUUAAUUUGGGUACAAAAGAAAUUUUAAAGUAAUAAAAUAAAGUAUGUCUCAUUAGUCACUUUCUUUCUUAAAACGUGCUAAUCAGAAAUCUAUGAAAUUGAAUUAAUCACAGGUUGAUGAAGUUGGAAACUCCACCUAACGGGUUUGAGAACUAUAAUUAUCUAAAAUUUUACUACUAGUAAAACUCAUAAAUGUCAAAAACGAGAAAUAGUUGAUCGUUUGAAAGCUGUUCAGAUCCAGAUAAAAUGCCAAAAUUCAAAAAUAAAAAAUAGUUUCCAAAAAACCAAAACUUCUAGAAAAUAAGGCAUUAAACUACUGUGAAGUGUGAUGUCCAAAAUCAUCUGACUUUCAAACAAACAAAUAAAAUGUGCAGUAAAGUGUGAAUUACCUAUUAUUUACUUGUGACUAUUUUGUUGAAACUUCAUAAUUAGAAAUCUUGUUUGAAAGUAAUAAAGAGCCUUAUAAUUAUCUGUAAAACUAGAUCAACAACACUUUCUGAUCUGAUCAAAAAUCUAGAUGGUUAUUUUCAAAUUGAGCUUUUUUGUGGUUUCUCAAGAAUAGCGCGGGUUACUGGUUAGUGUAAAAUUUACAUCAAGUACACGAAAAAAAUUUUUUAUUUCAAAACAGAAUAUUAUUUGCCAUUUAAACUCAUGGAUCGGAAUUCGUUUACACCAAGAUGACUUAGGAAUUUAUUAUCUUUACCUUAUCGAAUCUAGAAUACCAGGAGCUCUCGCAACUUCUAGAUUCUUUUGCACAUUCUUUUUCCAUUUACAAAACAUCACUGGAUUUUCAUUAUAUCUCCAUCGAUUAUUAACAGCAAUGUAUUCAAAGUCUGAAACAUAUUGGAAAAAAUAUUAUUGCUUUGUUCCAAUCGGAGGAUGUUUAUAUUCUUUAGUUGUAUUAUCUCCUUGGUAUAUUUUUUCAAAUUUUUAUCUUCGAAUGGAAACUGAAAACGGGGUUCUUCGCAAAAUUUAUAAUACAAAAUUAGCAACAAUAUCUUAUUCGAUUAACCCGAUUUUUGCAAUGUUCUAUUUUCUAAUGGUACUUCUUACCGGAAUUUGGACAUCGAAAAUUGUUGCAACAAAUAAUAAUUCGAAAAUUAAUGAAUUUAUGGCUAGAAAAAUGACAAUUGUUGCAACUGUAAACGGGAUUUUGAUGUCUGGAAAUUUAAUAUUCACAGUAGUUCUGACUAUUAUUAUUUUGUCUCCAAUUAAAAGCUAUGGACACACUUACAGUAAUACUGUUGUUACAUUCACUUCAGAUAUGGUUGGUUUGAAAAUAAUCCAAUAAUUUGGAGAACAAAGUUCAAUAUUUUUACAGUACACAUUAGCAAUGCCUUAUAUUUUAUUAUUUUUCGAUGGAAAUGUUCAAAGAUUAAUGAGACUUGCUGAUCCCGAAAAACCAAUACGGAGUACACGUGUUUAUAUGGUUCGCAAUUGA